CAAAAAUCAUGAAAUUCUAUAUUAAAUUGAUCAGGCUACAUCGUAGCCUUAGAUGGCAAAAUUAGUUCAUACUAAACAUGAUAAAAUCUGAGAUUAAAUUGAUGAACCAAAAUUCCAUAUCCAAACAAAGGAAAAAUAAGUCUAGAAGAGCAAAAACCCAAUUUGUAGAACUCCGAUCAGUGGCCUGAAGUGCUGCGCUUGUCCCUUUGUUUUGGAUUGAAGUGUCCAGCGGCUGCCCUUGCGUCUGCCGUUACCCACACAGAAUCUGCCUCAAACUCGCCUCAAAGCUCUCUGCCGGCUGCCUCCUUGAUUUCUCUCGGAAGUCUCUUUGAUUUCUGCCGUCACCUCUCCACACCGAAGUCUCCAGCGGCUGCCUCCUCUUUAUAUUCAAUAAUGUCCUGAUAUUAUGGAACCUAAAACAGUUCGAAAGGCACUUCAAAGCACACAUUAGGUCAAAGCAAUGCAAGAAGAAAUUGAUGCUUUGCAUAAAAAUAACACCUGGACAUUAGUGCCACCACCAUCAGAGACAAAUAUAGUUGGGUCUAGAUGGGUUUUCAAAACCAAGCUUAACCCAAAUCGUACGGUGGGAAGGUUUAAAGCUCGUCUAGUAGCUAGAGGCUUUUCCCAAAUGCCAGGAGUGGACUUUGAGGAAACAUUUAGUCCUAUUCUUAAACCAACAACACUCUGGUUGGUUCUUGCCUUUGCGACAACUCUAGAAUGGCCAUUAAGGCAACUUGAUGUAAAGAAUGCCUUCCUCCAUGGCAAGCUCAAGGAAAUGGUUUAUAUGACACAACCACCAGGUUUUGAAGAUCCCAAAUAUCCUCACUAUGUGUGUCAACUCAAUUGCUCUAUCUAUGGUUUAAAGCAAGCUCCCAAGGCCUGGUGUGACACAUUCACACUAUACCUACUAAAAAUGGGUUUUCAUUGCAAUCAAGCUGAUUCUUCAUUCUUUGUUCUUCAUAAUCCAAAAGGAACAGCUUUUCUGCUUGUCUAUGUGGACGACAUUGUGCUCACGACUAGCUCCGAUGAUCUACUUCAGAACAUAAUUUCUCAUCUUAGUAGGGAAUUUGCUCUUAAGGAUCUUGGUGAUCUUCAAUAUUUCCUUGGUAUCGAGGUUGAUAAGUUUUCUGGUGGCAUAUUUCUAUCUCAAGCUAAGUAUGCUCAUGACAUUCUUACUCGAGCUUCAAUGUUGGAGGCAUCAUCCAUAGCUACUCCAUUAGCAACAAAGGAAAACACUACCUCAAGAGAUUGUGACCUCGUUGAUGCUCAUGAAUAUAGACGGAUUGUAGGGGCACUACAAUAUCUAACUAUAACCAAAAUUGGUAUAUGUCAUGCUGUAAAUAGAGAUUUUGUGAUGCAGAUUGGGAGGGCUGUCCUAUUACAUGAAGAAGCACUACUGGUUUUUCAUGGCCAAGAACAAAAGCACUCUCACUAUCCAAAAUUUCCAUCAAAUGGCAAGUUUGGUAUCUGUCAAAUUAUCAAGUACCAAUUUCUUGCUGUGGAAAUCUCAAGUUUACCCACUGAUUCGAAGUGCUCAGCUUCUCCAUCAUUUGGAAGAAGCAGCACCAGUGCAGACUAUCAUCAAGGACGUUGGAUUCUUGGAACCAUGAACGAAGAAUCACUUAGUUUGGUCGUUGGCUAUGACUCAGCUCUACAAAUUUGGAGGUGCCUUGAAGAGCAUUAUCUGGCGUCUUCAAAAGAAAGUGAAUUGCAUCUCAAGGGACAACUGGCUACCAAGCGAGGAGAUGGUGAAUCACUUGAUGAUUUCAUCAUAAAGUUUAAAAGGACAUGUGAUAAUCUAGCUGCUAUUUGCAAACCUGUUGCUAACCUUGAUAAAGUCUUUCAACUCUCCAGAGUUGUGGGAACUCGUUAUCAGCCUUACAACCUUGCUGUUCUCUCAAAAGCACCAUAUCCUACCUUCAAUCAAUACACUUCAGGCUUACUAAACAAUGAACGAGAUCUGCAGGUUUAGGAACAAGAACAUAAAUCACAAGUAUCUAC